AUGUACGAAGUGUCGUGCGUGGCCGGCAACAAAGUUGAUGCUGCAUACGCAGUCAAGAGCUUGUCUAACGUCGUACCACCAGGGAUGGGGCAUACGGUCUCCGUGCAGCGUCACCACGCUCAUUCUCAAUCUUACAAACACAAGCAGGAGCUACCGCCUCCUGUCAGCAAGCCUGAUGCGUUGAAAUCGCACGUGAUGAGGUUGCUCAAACGAUCUAAGAGUCACACGCCGGCCACCAGAGCCGAAGAGAACCAGGGCGAUCCGAGGAAUUUCGAACGGAGGACCGUGUUCGCUCGUCCUGUGACCGAUGAGCAGAGACGCAGGCGGAAUACCGUCGAGAGGAGACGCAGCGCGGAUAAGCGAGUGAUGGUGACCAUAGUGGACGGUCUGCCGGUGGUUGUCACCGGGCAGAAUCAAGUCCCCGAGCCGCCGCAGCAUCCACCGCCUGUUAUACACCACCGCCACUCCCACAGAGACAAGGUAUGA